UGGGCUGAACUUUGGGACUUUAAAGAGUCCGAGCACGCGCAAUCACCAGUCAUCAAGCAUGAUGGAGUUUGCUCAGGUUGCCGUGGCUGUUCUCAGUCUUCUGUCUGUUGCCCAGUCGGCUCCUGUGACCGACUGUGAGACUCUAACCCAAACGAUUGAUAUCAAAAAAGAUCAGCUGCAAGGAAGAUGGACCAUCAGAGCGGAGGCCUCGGACGCUCCUUCAGCCAAAACGAUGAUGUAUUUAUUUGUACAGAGCGUCUGGUUGAACGUCACCAACAACAGCACAACCGAUACUAUCACAAUUUUUCAGAAUCAGAAAAUGUUGUCCUCGUGCUUCACAUUCAGGACUACAAAGACCUUGAAAAACAACACUCUCACUAUGGAGCAACCUUUACCUGCUACUGACGUCCUGCUGCGUACUAGCUGUCCCGACUGCCUGGUUUGGUACUCAAAAGUCAGCGUUGGAAAUAGCAGAUUCACUAGUCUCGAUCUACUGAGCAGGAGAGGGAGAGUGUCUGCUGCUGAGAUGGAGGAGUUUAAGAAGCAGGCCAGCUGUCUGAACCUACCAUCGCCUUCAAUCAUGGACCCAGAAGAGGAGUAUUGUCCUGAUCCAUCUGAAUCCCAAGACAUUAUUGAUCUGACUGAUCACAUACAGAGCAUGAGCGUAGAUGAGACUAAAGAAUGGGAAGAGUUUUUAAACAGUGGAACAGGGCUGAAGAUGCUUAUUGACAUGAUCUCCAAGCCCUUUUUUGCAGCAGGAAAAGAUUAGAAAUUGUGAGGGCACGAUAUGCUUACACACUGAAGAAGCUACCGCAACAUGCUGCCUAAAAUAAAGGCGCUAACUGAAUAACAUGAA